AUGGUACACAUGCAGUCGACAUUGGAAGAAUUACCGGAUGAAAUUUUGAUGAUUAUUUUCGGUUAUUCGGAUAAUAUCUAUUCUUUAUUUCAAACAUUUCUCGGUUUAAAUCAGCGUAUAAAUAAUAUUCUUCUCGACAAACGAUUACAUUUAUUCAUUAAUUUUCUAUCCAUAAAUAUUGAUCAUGAAACAAUGUGUUUCUAUUAUAAUUCAUCAGAAUUUCAACAUAUAACACGAAUACUAAAGUCGCUAAAUGGAACUGUGAAUAACAAUGAAAUUAUUGAAUCAUGUCUCGAAUCGUUAGUUCGUUUUCAUAUUCAAAAUCGAUAUAUUCAAUUAAAGAAUGAAUUUCAACUAAAUCAAAAACAUUUUCAACUCAUACGUAAACAGAUGACUCAUAGUGAAAUUCAAAAAGCUGGCAAUGAAUUACAACUUGCUUGUAAAGAAUGA